AUGUCUUCCACUACCAACGGCAAGGUGGCCGAUUUAGCCAAAGACACAGUCGAUGUCCAUGACAAACAACACAUGACAACCGACUAUGGAAUCAAAAUUAACAACCCAGACCAUACGCUCCGCGUCGUCGACGAGAAGCGCACUGGUCCCGCACUGCUCGAGGAUCAAAUUGCUCGCGAGAAGAUUAUGCGAUUCGACCACGAACGCAUUCCCGAGCGAGUAGUGCACGCCCGUGGCACCGGCGCAUUCGGUACUUUCAAGCUUUUCGAAAGUGCCGAAGACGUUACCAGCGCAGGCGUCUUGACAGACACCAGUCGGGAGACGCCUUUGUUCGUGCGAUUCUCAACAGUGCAGGGAAGCAAGGGUAGCCCCGACACUGUUCGGGAUGUGCGCGGGUUCGCCAUCAAGAUGUAUACGCAAGAAGGCAACUGGGAUAUUGUGGGUAACAACAUUCCCGUGUUCUUUAUUCAGGAUGCAAUCAAGUUCGCCGAUGUCAUCCACUCUGUGAAGCCCGAGCCGCAUAAUGAAGUGCCGCAGGGCCAGAGCGCGCACAACAAUUUCUGGGAUUUCCAAUAUCUGCACUCGGAGACGACGCAUAUGAAUCAAUGGAUUAUGUCGGAUCGGGCUAUUCCUCGCUCAUAUCGCAUGAUGCAAGGAUUUGGCGUGAACACUUAUUCGCUGGUGAAUAAGGAAGGCAAGCGCACAUUUGUGAAGUUCCACCUCACUCCCGAAUUGGGUGUGCAUUCGCUUGUCUGGGACGAGGCUCUCAAGAUCAAUGGCCAGGAUCCCGAUUUCCAUCGCAAGGAACUGAUGGAAGCCAUUGAUAAUGGACACUUCCCUCGUUGGAAGUUCGGUCUUCAGCUUCUUGCAGAGGACAAGCUUGACGAUUUCGAAUUCGACCCUCUGGAUGCCACCAAGGUCUGGCCUGAGGAGUUGAUUCCCAUUCGCUACAUUGGUCAGCUGGAGUUGAACCGCAAUAUUGAUGAAUUCUUCCCCCAGACCGAGCAAGUCGCUUUCUGCACUAGUCACAUCGUCCCUGGUAUCGAUUUCUCGGAUGAUCCUCUCCUGCAAGGUCGCAACUUCUCUUACUUCGACACGCAGCUAUCACGUCUCGGUGCAAACUGGCAGGAGCUGCCUAUCAACCGACCCAUGUGUCCUUUCAUGAACAUGACCAACCGUGAUGGCGCCAUGAGGCACCGCAUCACCAAGGGCACAGUCAACUACUGGCCGAACCGAUUUGACGCAAACCCGCCCGCUACAGAGGCCGAGGGUGGUUUCGUCAGUCACCCCCAGAAGGUCCAAGGACACAAGAAGCGCGCACUUUCCGAGAAGUUCGGAGAACACUACAACCAAGCGCAGGUUUUCUACAACUCGCUGUCGCCCAUCGAGAAGAAACAUGUAGCCAGUGCCUUUUCUUUCGAGUUGGACCACUGCGACGACCCAGUCGUCUACAAGCGCAUGACAGAGCGUCUUACAUCCAUCGACCUCGACCUUGCCAAGACGGUCGCGACCAACGUCGGCGGUGACCCGCCCAAGAAAGCAACCAAAGAAAACAAGGGCACUAAAGCCAAGGGCCUCAGCCAGCUGGAAUACAUGCCCGAGAAACCCACCAUCGAGACUCGCCGCAUCGCCAUCCUCAUAGCAGAUGGUUUCGACUUCAACCAGUACACGACCAUGAAAGAAGCACUAUCCAAACAGGGCGCGUUUGUAUUUACCAUUGGCGCCCAACGCCAAGGCGUAACAUCCGAGUCAGGACAAACCGUCAUCCCAGACCACUUCUUCGUUGGAAUGCGAUCAACCCUCUUCGACGCCGUCUACGUCCCCGGCGGCAAGCACGUACAAACACUCGCCAAGAAUGGCGUCGCGAAGCACUGGAUCGCCGAAUCCUUCGCUCACCUCAAACCCAUUGCCGCUUCCAAUGAUGCCGUGCCAUUCAUUCAGCGACAGAUUAACCUCCCUGAAGUGGAGGUUGCACAGAGUGGCUCCCCCCUCAAAGAAUCUUACGGUGUUGUGACCGGUUAUGGAGACGCUGCUUCAUUGCUGAAGGUUGGUAAGGUCGGGCCCGAUGCGAAGGGGCUGGCGGAGCAAUUCGUCUGGCAUGUUUCGCGACACCGUAACUGGGCGCGUGAGUUGGAUGGACUUGCUGAACAGAUUGCGGCUUGA